AUGCGUUGUGGCACACUACCGAGAUUGUACAGAUCGUCCUAUCGGCGCAGUACAGCGCCGGCUGGUGUGCCCUUGACAAAAAUAUUUUCAAACUCAUUUCCUCGUUCUUUUAUCGAUUCGUUAUCCGAUUAUAAAGACCGUUUACAGCUAGACAAAUUUCAACAUGAGCUUCUCUCACUACUUUCAUUUUUCCCUGACGGAGAUGACACUCGCAAAGUUCAGAUUUUGAAAGUUCCUGUCUACAGAAUACCUUCUGAAACGGGUUUUAUCAAUGAGUUAUGCAUCUACCCAAAGGGGAAAAGCCACGAUGACCCGAACCUAAAGCAUUUGGUGCUCGUGCAUGGUUAUGGUGCCGGUUUGGGUUUCUUUCUCAAGAAUCUUGACAGAAUAUCUGAGUAUGGCUGUUCAAAUGGUUGGAUGAUUCACGCCAUUGACUUGUAUGGGUACGGAUGUUCAUCUCGCCCUCAAUUUCCAUGUUCAGAAUCUUUAACGUCAUCUGUGGUGACAGAGUGGUUUACAGACACUCUCCGCCAAUGGUUCGAAAAGAGAGUAUCAUCCCCGAGAGAUGAUACUCUUGUCGUAGCUCAUUCGAUGGGAGCGUACCUUUGCGCGUUAUUCAACAUGCACCAUCCGGAGUUUUUUGAUCGUUUGGUCAUGUGUUCGCCUGCUGGUAUAUCAGCACCCGAAUCAGAUAUUCCAGUUCCCACUUGGUUCAAUUAUCUCUGGAACAAAAAUGUUUCUCCCUUUUUCAUUGUCAGAUACGCUAGUAUACUAGGAAGCAUGCUGGUAAGUGGCUGGACUUCCCGUCGGUUUGCCCGUCUGACCCCGUCUGAACAGGAGGCUUUGCACAGGUACGCUUACGGCAUUUUCAAUGCCCCUGGGUCCGGAGAGUAUGUUCUCAACUAUCUGCUUGCGGCAGGAGGCAUUCCCAGAUACCCUUUAAGAGAUGCAAUUCAAAAGUUGAAGUGUGAAGUAUGUUGGAUUUAUGGUGAAGAUGACUGGAUGGAUGUUCAUGGUGGGCGUAGAUGUCACGAACUGAUGAAUAAAGUCAGUAACGAUUCAAGUGAGUAUCAUGUGGUACCGAACAGUGGUCAUCAUCUUUAUCUCGAUAAUCACUUGGUUUUCAAUGGUCUUGUUAUCUCACAAAUGAAAAAGUACAAUUGA